UAUCGCGGCCAUUAAGGAGGUUGUCGUUGAAUCCCGUGUAAUUAUUUCAUCCUAAAGUUCCGAUAUUCGAUAUAAAAUGCGUGAAAUUGUUCAUCUCCAAGCCGGUCAAUGCGGCAAUCAAAUAGGUGCCAAGUUUUGGGAGGUGAUCUCAGAUGAGCACGGCAUCGAUCCUACAGGCGCCUAUCACGGGGAUUCGGAUCUUCAGCUGGAACGAAUCAAUGUUUAUUACAAUGAAGCCUCCGGACCGAAGUACGUACCGCGCGCGAUUCUGGUGGAUCUUGAACCCGGCACGAUGGACUCUGUGCGUUCGGGAUCUUUCGGACAAAUAUUCCGACCGGAUAACUUUGUGUUCGGACAAUCGGGAGCCGGCAAUAAUUGGGCCAAAGGCCAUUAUACCGAGGGCGCCGAACUGGUCGACUCUGUUCUCGAUGUGGUGAGGAAGGAGGCGGAGAGCUGCGAUUGUCUUCAGGGUUUCCAAUUAACGCAUUCGCUGGGAGGUGGUACUGGAUCCGGAAUGGGAACUCUGCUUAUUACGAAGAUCCGAGAGGAAUAUCCGGACAGAAUUAUGAGCACCUUCUCCGUCGUACCCUCUCCGAAAGUCUCCGACACUGUUGUAGAACCUUACAACGCCACCCUGUCGGUUCAUCAACUAGUGGAGAACACGGAUCAAGCUUAUUGCAUCGACAACGAAGCGCUCUAUGACAUUUGCUUCCGUACUUUGAAGUUGACUACUCCUACGUACGGGGACCUGAAUCAUCUCGUUUCUGCUACCAUGUCUGGCGUGACAACCUGUCUAAGAUUUCCUGGCCAAUUGAACGCCGAUCUGAGAAAGCUCGCGGUGAAUAUGGUUCCGUUUCCUCGAUUGCACUUCUUCAUGCCCGGCUUCGCGCCUCUCACAUCCCGAGGAAGCCAACAGUAUCGAGCUCUCACUGUGCCAGAGCUCACCCAGCAGAUGUUCGAUGCCAAGAACAUGAUGGCCGCUUGCAAUCCACGUCACGGACGUUAUCUCACCGUUGCGGCUGUGUUCCGUGGUAGAAUGUCAAUGAAGGAGGUCGACGAGCAGAUGCUCAACGUUCAGAACAAAAACAGCUCGUUCUUCGUCGAGUGGAUACCGAACAAUGUGAAAACGGCGGUGUGCGAUAUUCCGCCCCGUGGCCUCAAGAUGUCCGCCACCUUCAUCGGCAACUCCACGGCCAUUCAGGAACUGUUCAAGAGAAUCUCCGAACAAUUCACGGCGAUGUUCAGGAGGAAGGCCUUCCUCCACUGGUACACCGGUGAAGGCAUGGAUGAGUUGGAAUUUAACGAGGCGGAGUCGAACAUGAACGAUCUAGUAUCGGAGUAUCAGCAGUAUCAAGAUGCGACAGUGGAAGAUGAUGAAAUAGACGAGGAAGAAAUGGAGAAAUAAAAGAGAAGCAGAGAACCUUGCAAAUUUUUUUUGACUUGAUUGUUUCUUUGGUACUUGUUAUUUUUGCUUUUUUAAAUAAUGCUUUACAGUAUUUUAUAUGUCAUUUGUGUACACGCAUUUUGAGAGGAAAUUUGUAUUGUUUCUUGUGAAGUUUAUAAUAAAUAAUACGUUGUGGCAGAAACAUUAAAUUGCUUUUAUGGUCGCAAAUUAAUUCACGACUUUUUUCUAAGCACGUGAUAUUCUGAUCGCUUAAGAAAUUACUUUUCGCGCUGUCAGCAUCAUCUAUAUCAGUUAAUGACAUUGUAUAGCGUGAGAUAUAAAUACACGCGUCUCUUAAAUAAGACGAGUAUUCGCAGGCCUUUAAAAACGCGAUUCUCGUUAUCGAAUUCGAUAUCGUCCUUCUGGCCAACUCACAUUGAUGAACACAAGGCCUUGGCAAAAAUUGGUGA